AUGCUAGUGGAUCCCAACAAGCAUCCAUCAUUUUGCAAGCUUUUAUUUAGACAAGGCUUUACGGAUAAAAUACUAAUGCUGCCUGCUUUCAUCAAAGAACACAAGAACAUGUUGGCCAAGACUUGCUUACUGAAAUCGAAUAUAGUUGGAAUGUCAUGGGAAGCAAUUAUAGUGAGAGAAAAGUCCAAUUACUUCAUAUGUGAAGGAGAGUGGUCACAAUUUGUGGUGCAUCUCCAACUGGAGCUGGGUGACAUUUUGCUAUUUUUUCUCAUUGAUAAAUCGACGUUCCAAGUCCUGGUUUAUAACCAGAAAAGUUAUAAAAACUUCGGCGGGAGGCAACUAUUUGAGGAACUCAGCAGUUCCUCCGAAGAAAAACACGACUUUGGAAAUACUGGACCUUCAAGAAAAUCCAAUAGAGUUAAUACAGAACCAGAAGAAUUGUCAG